GAGCUUGACUGGAUUCGCUGUUUUCAUCGCCUAGAACUGCUGGAGCCAACUCAAAAGAUCUCCAGAAAUCGAUCCCCAAGUACAUCGAUUGUUCCAGGAAGCUUUAUUUUUCCGAUUAUGGAUCUGUCUUCACCGGCAGCUGUUUUAACGACGGACACAUAUCUGUCCAUCUCUACCCCGAGUUUGGCCAGCAGCUCUCUACUGUCUUUGCCCAGUAGACUUACGGAGGCUCCUGUAUCCAGCAGUCCCGCAAUCUUCCGGCCGUGUAUGGUCACCUCAGCGAAAACCCUUGGAUCCGUUCUCGUUCCACGUUGGAUUGCUUCAGCCACCUCCUGGCGCGUUUGUCGCCUCUUCUUAAAGCGGGAACGGGUCUUUAGAAGCCUGCGGCUGACUCCCCGCAUACCUUCAAGCUGUCUGGCGUCAAAAAUCCUGUUUCGUACUUCAAUAUAUCUUUUUAUUCUUUCUUCUGCUGCAUUCCUCGCGAAGCUGCUCCACGCUUCGUACCCUGACUGCGUAAACAUACCGAGCGAUAUCCUCAGCGAGUCCUUUCUUAAUCACCCGGAUCAUUUCGGACUCCGACAUGGGUUGGGUCUUUGUCGCCGUUCAUGGAGAGCGCGUAGCCGCUCCAACUCACCACCGACGCCUCGAAACCUGGCCACAAUUUCGUCCUUUAGAUCUUCCCAAACCUCGGGCGGUCGCUCCCGAACAAAUUGCCAGUACCACUCGGCCGCUUUGCCCCUGACCAGUUUUGAACCGGCUGCGCCACAACACACAAUGACAACUCAAACAAAAUUUCACAACUACCACAAGGAGGGAAAAACUCAACAUUCACCGGAGCCAACUUCACCCCGGAUUUCAGUGUCCUCAAUUUCCAGCACAAGUUUCUCGGUGAGCGCUGUUGACCAUCCCAUCUUCCCCAGAAGACUAGGUGUCAAGGGCGCUCGACAUUCUAUUAUCUAA